AUGGCGGAAAAGGAGAAUAAAGACCUCGAGAACGGUGAUCCCAAGAGGGAGAGAAUCUCGUUCGCCGACGGAUGGGAUCCCGAUAAGGACGAGGGCGAGUAUGCCAACCUCAUCCGAUACAUUUCAACCUACCGAGAUCGUCGCUUUUCCAAAGCUCCCUCCCAAGUCUCUGGCGAUGACGUCGCCGACGCAAGUCAAAAGAAGAAGAUUCCCUUUUACAAGAGAUGGUUCUCGAGCGGCAGCGGCCCAGGCGAGCUCUUCGAGGUUCCUGAGGAUUGGCUCAACACCGAUAUCAAAACUGGUCUGACCUCCGCCGAGGUCGAGGCGCGACGAAGAAAAACUGGCUGGAACGAACUGGCAACAGAGAAAGAGAACAUGUUCCUCAAGUUCAUCGGCUACUUCAGAGGCCCCAUCCUUUAUGUUAUGGAACUUGCUGUCCUUCUCGCUGCUGGUCUGCGUGAUUGGAUUGAUUUUGGUGUCAUCAUCGGUAUCUUGAUGCUUAACGCCAUUGUCGGUUGGUAUCAAGAAAAGCAAGCCGCCGAUGUCGUCGCUAGCUUGAAAGGCGACAUCGCCAUGAAGGCUGAGGUCGUUCGUGAUGGCCAACAGGUAGAGAUCAAAGCUCGUGAGCUUGUUCCUGGUGAUAUUCUCAUCCUUGAGGAAGGUUCCGUCGUUGCUGGCGAAUGCCGGCUGAUCUGCGACUAUGACAACACAGCCGGCUUCGAAGAAUACAAGGAGAUGGUGAACGACCCAGAGGGCUACCACUCCAAGAAUCACACCGACUCCGACGAUGACGAGGAGCACCACAUCGGCCACUCAAUUGUCGCUACUGACCAGUCUGCUAUUACUGGAGAGUCCCUGGCCGUCGACAAAUACAUGGGUGACAUCUGCUACUACACCACUGGUUGCAAGCGAGGCAAGGCCUAUUCUGUCGUCACCGAAUCUGCUCGCGGCUCGUUCGUCGGCAAAACCGCGUCUCUUGUCCAAGGUGCUACUGACCAAGGCCACUUCAAGGCUGUCAUGGACUCCAUCGGCACGGCGCUGCUCGUGUUGGUCGUUUUCUGGAUUCUCGCAGCAUGGAUUGGUGGCUUCUUCCAUAACAUCAAGAUUGCGACGCCAGAGGAGAGCUCGGUCAACCUGCUGCACUACGCUCUUAUCCUCUUGAUCAUUGGUGUCCCCGUCGGUUUGCCCGUCGUCACAACCACUACUUUGGCUGUCGGUGCUGCCUAUCUCGCCAAGCAGAAGGCUAUCGUCCAGAAGUUGACUGCCAUCGAAUCUCUGGCCGGUGUUGACGUUCUUUGCUCCGACAAGACUGGUACUUUGACCGCCAACCAACUGACCAUCCGUGAGCCCUACGUCGCCGAGGGUGAGGAUGUCAACUGGAUGAUGGCCUGCGCUGCCCUGGCUUCUUCGCAUAACUUGAAGGCACUUGAUCCUAUCGACAAGAUCACCAUCUUGACCCUCAAGCGCUAUCCUAAGGCCCGAGAGAUCUUGCAACAAGGCUGGAAGACGGAGAAGUUCACGCCCUUCGACCCUGUCUCCAAGCGUAUCACCACCAUCUGCACUCUCAAGGGUGAGAAAUGGUCAUUCUGCAAGGGUGCGCCCAAGGCCGUUUUGUCGAUCGCUGAGUGCGACGAAGCCACUGCCAAACAUUACCGCGACACCGCAGCAGACUUCGCCCGACGUGGCUUCCGAUCUCUCGGUGUUGCCUCGAAGCGCGGUGACGAGCCCUGGAAGGUCAUCGGCAUGCUGCCCAUGUUCGACCCCCCUCGUGAAGAUACCGCCCACACUAUCCUCGAAGCUCAGAAUCUCGGUCUUAGCGUUAAGAUGUUGACUGGUGAUGCCAUCGCCAUCGCUAAAGAGACCUGCAAACUCCUCGCUCUCGGCACCAAGGUCUACAAUUCUCAGCGUUUGAUCGCUGGUGGUGUCGCCGGCUCUGCUCAGUAUGACCUGGUCGAGAAGGCUGAUGGUUUUGCUGAGGUCUUCCCCGAGCACAAAUACCAGGUCGUCGAGAUGCUGCAACAGCGUGGCCACUUGACUGCCAUGACUGGCGAUGGUGUCAACGAUGCCCCGUCCUUGAAGAAGUCCGACUGCGGUAUCGCUGUCGAAGGUGCCACCGAGGCUGCCCAAGCCGCUGCCGAUAUCGUCUUCUUGGCUCCUGGUCUUAGCACGAUCGUUGACGCUAUCAAGGUCGCCCGUCAAAUUUUCCAGAGAAUGAAGGCGUACGUGCAAUAUCGUAUUGCUCUUUGCUUGCACCUGGAAAUCUACCUGACCACCUCCAUGAUCAUCAUCAACGAAACCAUCCGAACCGAUCUGAUCGUCUUUAUCGCCUUGUUCGCUGAUUUGGCCACCAUUGCCGUCGCUUACGACAAUGCUCACUACGAACAACGACCCGUCGAAUGGCAAUUGCCCAAGAUUUGGGUCAUCUCAGUCUUCCUCGGUUUGCUCUUGGCCAUUUCGACCUGGAUCAUGCGUGGCUCUUUCUACCGAUCAGACGGUGGCCUUGUCCAGAACUUCGGUAACGUUCAGCUCAUGCUUUUCCUCCAAGUCUCACUGGUUGAGAACUGGCUCAUCUUCGUCACCCGCGGAGGACAAACCUGGCCAUCAUGGAAGCUUGUUGGCGCCAUUCUCGCGGUCGAUGCCAUCUCCACGCUCUUCUGCGUGUUCGGUUGGCUCGCUGGCAGCCGAGACGAACUUUUCACCACCCCUUACGAUGCGUUCACCGAGGAACACUACAGCCGCGAGACUUCCAUUGUCACCGUCGUCGUUAUCUGGGGUUACUCGCUUGGUGUCACUAUCGUUGUUGCUAUCGUCUACUACAUUCUGACCAGCCUGAAAUGGAUUGACAACCUCGGUCGUGCUACCCGCAGCCACGCCGACACCACCAUGGAGAACAUCCUCGGCCACCUCAGCCGCGUUGCUCUUGAGCACGAGACGGAUGUGCACGGCAAGUCGAAAUGGGUGUUGGGCUCGAAGGCCACGGGAGAGGAAGAAGGUACGUUGUCUUGA